GGGGCUGGGGCUGCCUGCUCAGACCAGUGAUGACAGGGGAGCUCCCACUGGCUGUUCCUCCUCUCUGAUGGGGUAACUGGAGGCGGUGGCAACCCAGCCUCCCUCCCUAGUGGCCCCACCAGAAUGAAAACACCCAAGGAGUGUUGACUCCUCCAGCAGAGCUCCCGAGUCUGCACCCAGGAGGAGAUGCCAACCCAAGUUAUUUAGAAGAAGAGAAACACCAUUUCCAGAGCUGUUGGUAUUCCUGUGUUUGGCUUGCUCGGACAGGAAGGUUGGAACUGGUGGCACUCGUGUCGAUGAAAGCAGCAGUGUGAACAACCGUAGCCUGCUGCAGGAAAUGGCCCUCUCGGUGGACUCAUCCUGGCCCCGGUGGCAGUGGCGACUCAGAGAUGACCACCUCCAGCAUCCAUCUGAAGCCACACCGCUGCUGUCCCCAGAGAAGGGGAGGCAGAGCUACAACCUGACACGGCAGCGGGUCGUGUUCCCCAACAACGACACAUUCCACCGGGACUGGGCAAAGGUCUCCAGGAGAUACUCCGGCAACCGGAUCUGCACGACCAAGUACUCACUCCUCACCUUCCUGCCCCAGAACCUCCUGGAGCAGUUUCACAGGUGGGCCAACCUCUACUUCCUGUUCCUGGUGAUUCUGAACUGGAUGCCCGCCAUGGAGGUUUUCCACCGGGAAAUCACCAUGUUACCACUGGCCACUGUCCUGUUCAUCAUCAUGGUCAAGGACGGCAUGGAGGACUUCAAGAGAUACCGCUUUGACAGAGAGAUAAACUGCUCCCACAUCCAGAUAUAUGAGAGGAAAGAACAGCGCUACGUGCAGAAACACUGGGAGGAUGUGCGUGUGGGGGACUUCAUCCAGAUGCACUGCAAUGAGAUCGUCCCGGCCGACAUACUGCUCCUCUUUUCCUCGGACCCCAGCGGCAUCUGCCACCUGGAAACCGCCAACCUGGAUGGAGAGACGAACCUCAAACAGAGGCGUGUGGUGAAGGGCUUCUCCCAGCAGGGGGUACAGUUCGAACCAGAACGUUUCCACAGCACCGUCGUGUGUGAGAAACCCAACAACCACCUCAGCAGAUUCAAGGGUUAUAUGGAGCGCCCUGACCAGACCAGGACCGGCUUUGGCAGUGAGAGUCUUCUGCUUCGAGGCUGCACCAUCCGAAACACCGAGGUGGCUGCUGGCAUCGUCAUCUAUGCAGGCCACGAGACGAAAGCCAUGCUGAACAACAGCGGCCCGCGGUACAAACGCAGCAAGAUCGAGCGCCGCAUGAACACCGAUAUCUUCUUCUGCAUCGGGCUCCUCUUCCUCAUGUGCCUCAUCGGAGCGAUAGGCCACAGCCUGUGGAACAGGACCUUCAGGGAGCACCCUCCCUUCGACGUGCCAGAUGCCAAGGGCAGCUUCCUACCCCUCGCCCUGGAGGGCUUCUACAUGUUCCUCACGAUGAUCAUCCUGCUCCAGGUGCUGAUCCCGAUCUCGCUGUACGUGUCCAUCGAGCUGGUGAAGCUCGGGCAAGUCUUCUUCCUGCACAACGACCUCGACCUGUACGACGAAGAGACUGACUCGCCCAUUCAGUGCCGGGCCCUCAACAUCACGGAGGACCUGGGCCAGAUCCAGUACGUCUUCUCUGACAAGACGGGGACGCUGACGGAGAACAAGAUGGUGUUCCGGCGCUGCACCAUCGUGGGCAGCGAGUAUUCUCACCAGGAAAAUGCCAAGCGACUGGAGAUCCCAAAGGAGCUGGACUCGGACAGUGAAGAGUGGACCCAAUACCAGUGCCUGUCCUUCCCAUCCAGGAGGGCCCAGGGUCCGGCAGCCACAAGGAGCCAAGGCGGGGGCCAGCCUCUGAGGAGGAGCCAGAGCGCCCAGGUGCCCAUGCAGAGCCACUCCCGACAAAGGUCGGUCGGGCGCUGGGAAAACGCACAGUCCCCGGUGGCCUUCAGCAGCUCCAUAGAAAAAGAUGUGACUCCAGAUAAAAACCUACUGACCAAGGUGCAAGAGGCUGCCCUGUGGCUGGGGACCUUGCCAGACUCCAGACCCACCAGGCCUGCCCUCUCCACCACCUCCUCCAUCGCUGACUUCUUCCUCGCCCUAACCAUCUGCAACUCCGUCAUGGUCUCCACCACCACCGAGCCCAGACAGAGGGUCACCAUGCCCCCCUCCACCAAGGCUCUGGGGACGUCCCUGGAGAAGAUCCAGCAGCUCUUCCAGAAGUUGAAGCUUUUGAGCCUCAGCCAGUCUUUCUCAUCCACUGCGCCCUCUGGCACCGACCUGGGGGAGAGCUUGGGGACCAACAUGCCCACUACGGACUCGGAUGAAAAAGAGGACGAUGCCUCUGUUUGCAGCGGAGGCUACUCCACUGAUGGCAGCUGCAGGAGCAGCACGUGGGACCAAGGUGACAUGCUGGUGUCUGGGUCGGGCGCCUCCUUGGAGGCGGCUCUGGAGGAUCCGGCCCUAGGCCUGGCCGGCUCUGAACUGUGUUACGAGGCCGAGAGCCCUGAUGAGGCCGCCCUGGUGCACGCUGCCAAUGCCUACAGCUUCACGCUCAUGUCCCGGACACCCGAGCAGGUGACUGUGCGCUUGCCCCAGGGCACCUGCCUCACUUUCAAUGUCCUCUGCACCCUGGGCUUUGACUCUGUCAGGAAGAGAAUGUCUGUGGUGGUGAAGCACCCGCUGACAGGUGAGAUCAUCGUCUACACCAAGGGCGCCGACUCGGUGAUCAUGGACCUGCUGGAAGACCCUGCCCGCGUGACUGAUGCUGAUGUGGAAAAGAAGGUGAGGAGAAUCCGAGCCCGGACCCAGAAGCACCUAGACUUGUACGCAAGAGACGGCCUCCGAACUCUGUGCAUCGCCAAGAAGGUCAUAAGCGAGGAGGACUUCCGGCGGUGGGCCAGUUUCCGGCACGAGGCUGAGGCGGCCCUUGAAAACCGAGAGGAGCUUCUGAUGGAGACCGCACAGCAUCUGGAGAAUCAGCUCACCUUACUCGGAGCCACUGGGAUCGAAGACCGGCUGCAGGAGGGAGUGCCCGACACGGUGGCCGCUCUGCGGGAAGCCGGGAUCCAGCUCUGGGUCUUGACGGGAGAUAAGCAGGAGACAGCAGUCAACAUCGCCCACUCCUGCAGACUGUUGGAUCAGACCGACACCGUGUACUCCAUCAACACCGAAAAUCAGGAGACCUGUGAAUCCAUCCUCGACUGCGCACUGGAAGAGGUAAAGCAAUUUCAUGGACCACAGAAGCCAGACCGCAAGCUCUUUGGGUGGUGCCUGCCUUCUGAGACACCCGCCCCCACCUCGGGAGCGGCCGUUCCGAAGGUUGGAUUGGUCAUCGAUGGGAGAACGCUGAACACCAUCUUCCAGGGGAAGCUGGAGAAGAAGUUUCUGGAGCUGACCCAGCACUGCCGGUCCGUCCUGUGCUGCCGCUCCACCCCGCUGCAGAAGAGCGUGAUCGUCAAGCUGGUGCGAGACAAGCUGGGCGUCAUGACGCUUUCCAUAGGUGACGGAGCAAACGACGUCAGCAUGAUUCAGGCUGCGGAUAUCGGGAUCGGAAUAUCUGGACAGGAAGGCAUGCAGGCUGUCAUGUCCAGCGACUUCGCCAUCUCCCGCUUCAGCCACCUCAAAAAGCUGCUGCUCGUGCACGGCCACUGGUGUUACUCGCGGCUGGCCAGGAUGGUGGUGUACUACUUCUACAAGAACGUGUGCUACGUCAACCUGCUCUUCUGGUACCAGUUCCUGUGCGGUUUCUCGGGCUCCACCAUGAUCGACUACUGGCAGAUGAUCUUCUUCAAUCUCUUCUUCACCUCGCUGCCUCCUCUCGUCUUCGGGAUCCUCGAUAAAGACGUCUCUGCGGAAACGCUCCUGGCGCUGCCCGAGCUGUACAAGAGCGGCCAGGACUCCGAGUGCUAUAACCUGCGAACCUUCUGGAUCUCCAUGAUGGAUGCGUUCUACCAGAGUCUCGUCUGCUUCUUCGUCCCUUACCUGACCUACAGGGACUCCGACAUCGACGUCUUCACCUUUGGGACCCCCAUCAACACCAUCUCCCUCGCCACCAUCCUCCUGCACCAGGCAAUGGAAAUGAAGACCUGGACCGUCAUCCACGCGCUGGUGCUCGCCGGCAGCUUCCUGAUGUACUUUGUGGUGUCCCUAGUGUACAACGCCACCUGCGUCACCUGCAACAGCCCCGCCAACCCCUACGGCGUGAUGGAAGGCCAGCUCUCGGACCCCACCUUCUACCUCGUCAGCUUCCUCACACCGGCCAUGGCUCUUCUCCCAAGGUACUUUUUCUUAUCUCUACAAGGGACAUACGGGAAGUCCCUGAUCACCAAAGCUCAGAAAAUUGACCAACUCCCAGCAGACAAGAGAGACCUGGAGAUCCAGAGCUGGAGAAGCAGGCACGUGCCUGCCCCUGUCCCCGGGGGGCCUCAGCCCACCCGCCGCCCGGUGCCACCUGUCCCUGAGCGGGACUUCAGGACCAGCACCCCAAAGAGCUCCGGCCCCCCCAAGCAGAAGUGCAAAGAGAACCAGGGGGUGCACGGAGAGAGAAGCAGCAGAGAGCACAUGAGGGAUGACCCGUGCUCAGCAGACCCCUCAGUUAAUCUCUCCUCCAGAGAGCACCUCCUUCUGGGCGGCAUGAUGGCCCCCGGGCCCCCCGAGAGUGGACAGACCGGUGCAUACCAGCGCUCGAGCAGGGGCAGCCAUCGCCGAUCCCAGAGUUCGAUGACCAUAUGAGGUGCCUGCAGAAACCCUCGCAUGCUCAGAGGAGGCCGCCCUGGCACUGGCCCCAUGGAUCCAAGACGACUCCUCUUCACAAAGGACAGAAGGAGCCAGUCCUACUCUUUCAUCCCCACCAGUCUUGACUUCCUUGGAGAAGUGCUGGUCCCAAGGGGUUUGACCAAAAAAAAAGACUGGAAACCAGUCAACCUCUAGUUUUCUCCUGCUGCCAGGCAGCACAUCUUGCAAACAGUUUUCUAAAGAGGCUCCGUUUCUGUGGCACUGAGUUCCCAAAUGUUUUAGCUCAGAGACGGUCUUCUGAUCUGCUAGAAAAGUACAACCUAACAGGCCCAAUGCGUAAGUUUCCAAGAUUCCAAGAAAUACAUCCAUCCAGGCGAUCUCUCAGGCUAUGGAAGUUUCUGGGCUUGUCAAACCAUCACCUCACCCCGUGGGCACCAGAGUUUCAAUUUCAGAAGAGACCCAUACACACUAGGGUUUCGUCUUGUUGGUGCUGCAGAGAUGGCCGUGUCGGGGUUAACACCUCUUCCAACCACAAAGAGUUGGAUCGCUUUUUGUCUCUAAGCCAAAGAAAACCACAUCUGAAGAUUAAAACUGGACCUGAACUCAGUGCCACAAACACGUCAGGGGGCUGUAGGGCCACAGCCGGUGGUGUAAGAGGCAGAAAGAACCUCUGUUCUUUCUUGGUGUGCUUCCGCACACUAAGGGAAAUGUGUGUCUCAGGACCCAGGCUUCAGCUGACAGACCCUAUGUCCCACAGCCUCGGGAAUCCACCGAGAGGGCAGCACUUUUUGUAAAGCUAUUUAUUGUAUUUAUUUUUAAAGAAAAGGACUCCUGCUCAUCCAGCUCUCGGAACAGGAAAACGCUGAGGCCAGUAGAUCUUAGCACACCUGCACCCAGAAUUAGACCCACAGGAUAGGAGCAAUGCGGAGCCAAAACAAUGACACCUCUAAGGGUAGGGUCCAUGUCAAACCCUAUUCAUUAAGCCCAGCCCAGAGGAGCACCAUCGGGAAGACACAGGCACAUGCUUCCAUUCAGCUGGGGAGACUCACAGGGAGUCUCAUUCACGGGGAAAAGAAGGACUUCCUAGGCUUCUUAACCCUAGAGGUAGUGAAUUCCAAAAACGUAACCACUCAAAACAGUGUUGAAAUAAAAGAAUGGAAGGUAGAAUUCUAACAGGCUCUCCAGAGAAGCCAGGUCUUCAAUGGUCAAGCAGAGCCUGUCCCUAGUCUUUCGAGGCAAGUCAGGGAGAGCUACUAAACCCUUUCUCCUUCAGGCGGUGCCUCUACGUCAGGCAAAAAUCCCUUUGGGUUAGGAAUGAACAGGAUGAGCCUUUGAGCCCCAAGAGUCAGCCACCUGGCUUGAGUAACUUCUCAGCAACGAUGCCCGAACAGAUCUCCACAACCAACUUGGCAAACGGCAGACUGAGCUGGUCCUCCGACCACCUGCAGACAAACCUGAACUGGAGCAGCUGUUUGGAGCGCCAUCCUGGAGCCAAAACGCCGGAUCUCUUUCACUGACUCCCACGCAAUGACACCAGCAGCACUGGCCAGCUGGUGGGUAUUCAGGGGAGUCCUGUGAUACAAUGACAUGCAUUAUCCCAAAAGAGGGGAUUGAGCCAAAACCUGGAUCUCAGGGUCCCUUACUCCAUGUGAUUCCUGCCCGGCCAGCCCCGAAAGCCAGACGAGCCAGGGUGUUUCAGAAGAGAACUGGGGAGUGGGAAGAACACAGCCUCAGGCGAGCUGGGACCUAGAUCUUUACUCCCUAGAGCCAGGAGCCUUGAAGCAGGAAGCCCCACCUACAAAUUAGGGUUGAACUGCCCUACCUCCAAGCUGGGCAUAAGGAUCCAGUCAAAAUGGAGGGAGUGGAGGGGAGGGGAAAAUGCUUUGAAAGAUGUCACACCCUCGAUAAUGACACAGGGAUUUUUAUUUCAGAGCUGAGAGGAACAGAGGUGACAGAGAAGUUGAGAAAGUGUCCGAUCCUGGCACCUAAAUGCCAAACCAUAGCCGGCAUUGUGAUGCUGCUCUGUCUCGGGCAUGACCGACCCUCCCCGUUAGCCGGGAUUUUCCCAGCUUCAGCGCUGCAAGUCCCCCGUCCUGAGAACCUCCUCCGGCCCGGCCGGCUGGGGCAAUGGGCCACCCACUCCUGCCCUUUGUAAACCAAAUCAGCUGUGACCGUGCAGCGUAACUAUUCACCUACAACAUCACGUUAAUGAUUGCACUUAAUACAUUUUUAUACUUUUAUGUUCUUUUACUGAGUGGCUGGAAAAUGUGUCAUCCUUUGUUGAUAGAAAUAAACAAAUGUUUUUUUCAGAA